CUUCCUUACUCCCAGCUUUACUCACCCCUGUCUCUUCCUUACUCCCAGCUUUACUCACCCCUGUCUCUUCCUUACUUCCAGCUUCUCCAGAGGCAGAACCAGAAUUAUUCUAUAUACGGAUUGAAAAAGUAUUGCUGGUUUGUGAAGAUUAUCUGGAAAGUUCAGCUGUUUCACUUACUGAUGGGGAGAGUUGCUGGAACGAUGAAAGGAAGGCACAAUAUGAAUGUUAUAGUUCCUGUUUAAGUCUCCAGAACUCACGGAUGGCAGAAUACCAAGAUUCAGCUGAAGAUCUGGAUACAAUCAGGAAACCCUUACUGGCUUCUGGGAAAUCCAUUGGGCCUGUGUACGAAAGAGCUGAGAUCUACUCCCAAUAUCAGUCCAACGCUGAGUAUGAACACUGCUCUGUAAGCUCCAACCCAGCCGGCUUCCUCUGUUCUAAGUGCGGAGUGAGAUUCUCUGUGAGAAGGGACCUUCUGACCCAUCUGUGUGGCUGGAUUGGGAUGAACUAUAACAGGAGACAUAAUGAUUUGUAUGAGGAGGUGAAACCUCUCGGUAGCACGUUGAAUGACAUGCACAUUGGGGUGCCAAAGGACCAGCAGCCACACAUUGUGGACAAAAGUUUUAUCUGUACGGAAUGUGGGGAAAAUUUCUCUCCAAUGGUCCACCAUAAAAGUCACCAGAGACUCCACUCAGGGGAGAAACCAUUCACUUGUACAGAAUGUGGGAAAAGCUUUUCUUUUGAGAUUGCUCUUUUAAGACAUCAGAUAAUUCACACAGGAGUAAAACCAUUACAGUUUACCAAGUGUGGUCAAUGCUUAUCACUGAAGAUGAAUUAUCACUCGACGGACAUCGAGGAGAAACCAUUCACAUGUACAGAAUGUGGGCUAAUAUUCCUUGAAAAGAGUGAUCUUGUCAGUCACUACAACACUCAUUUAGGGUCCAACUAUGGGAAACAAAUACACCAAAGGGGCAAUUUUUAUAAUAAGAUCCAUGCAGGGGAGAAUGCUUUCAUAUGUACAGAAUGCGGGAAAGACUUCUCUCGGAAGUGGCAUCUUCAGCGCCACCAGAAGAUUCACACAGGAGAAAAACCCUUUACAUGUAGUGAAUGUGGGAAACAAUACACUCGGAAGAGCCAUCUCAACCGCCAUGAAAAAAUUCACACUGGAGAGAAGCCUUUCUCUUGUUCUGUAUGUGGGGAAACGUUCUCCCAAAAGAUCGAUCUGCACAGUCACUAUAGAGUUCACAUGGAGGCAAAAUGUGUUAAAAGGUUCCCCGAGGAGGGUAUUCUGGGCAGAGAGCUGGCAAUCCACAUAGUGAAAAAACCUUUCUUGUGUACAGACUGCGGCAAAUAUUUCACACGGAGAUGGCACCUUCAGCGGCACCAGAGAAGCCACACGGGGGAGAAAUCUUUCAUUUGUACUGAAUGUGGCAAAGGCUUCUCUCGUAAGACCCACCUGCACUCCCACUAUAAGAUUCACACGGAGACAAUGUGGGAACAAGUCUUCUAAGAUGCUGAGGCGUCAGCUGAAAUACAUGGAAGGAAAAACAUGUCACAUGCACUUCAUAGUGGAAACGAUCUCUGUUUUGAUCCACCUUUACACUCAUCAGAACAAUUUCACAGGAGAGAAAUCCUUCAUUGGCACAGAACCAUGGAGAACCCGCGUAAUACAGAGAUCUGACCACCCUUUUUUAUUGUAUGGCAUGAGCUCAUGGGUUACA